AUGCCAGGUAUGAAAAUGCCUGAAAUCUGUGCCUUAGAUGAAGACAAUUGUCUUUCGUUGGACGCGAUUUUGCGGGCCUUUCACUGCGGGACCAAAGAGGAGCAGACGUGGGCUCUCAUCCAUCAGUCCAUCGCAGCGCUUAAGGAAGAGCUGAUGCAAACCAACGACAACUACUCAUUCCUUAAGCCAAACACACUAUACAUCAAAAACAAUGGCAAAGUUGACGUCAAGUCGUGGCGCGACAUAUCAACAGAAAGACCACAACCCGUGUCAGUAACCACUCUUGUGUCGUCCAUCGGAUCCAUUAUUUAUAAGGCCUUGGAUUACGGCGCCGAUGAAGACGAAGAGAUCAUUAUCUCUCAGAGUUUGGAGAAGGCAUUUGAGAGAAUGACUGAAGACACGGAUGAAGAGAUGGACGACGAGGGCAUUUGUAACGAUAGUUUCUGCGAAAAAAGUUUACAUCACUUAUUGGACGAAUUGUUGAACAGAUGUCGAGAGCGCAUGAUUGACAGCACAGACAUCAGUGAACACUAUCGGCAAGUCUGCAGAGCACUGGUCGCCGAAGCCAUCGAAAUGUCGACAUUUUUGAAUCAGAUUACGAUUGGAACACAAGAACUGAAGAAAAGUCAUCGCAUCGACAACGAAGAGGUGGAGAACAUUCACGUGGAAGUGUGGGCUCACCUCUGGAUGAAAGUGAUGAGACAGUUAAGGGUUGGCGUCUCUCUCAGUCAUAUCGAUCGGCGAGAGGCGGAAAACAGGAAUCAAAAAGAGUACGAAUUGACACCAUUUGAGAUGCUUUUGGAUGACAUCAACUCCAAGAGGUAUUCGCUGAAGAAAGUGGUUCUACCGAAACGUGUGGAGAAAGACGCCCGCAAUUUGAUC